AUGCGCGGGGCCGUACCCCACCCAUCUGGAACACCUGCUGCUUCGUGGCCACAGCUUUGGGCCACUUUUACGGGAGAGCAGGCACGGUUCUGGGUCCCCGUUCAGUGGACCGGCCAGUUCUCAGAGCUGCUCUUGGGCUCUGGGAGGUUGGUGCGUUCUCCUGCCGCAGUCAGGCGCCUGUUUGGGGAAGCCUCCGAGCUCGGGGCCUCCUGCUUGCAGCCUCUCGGGAGGGUAGGCCUGUCCCGCAAUCAAGUUGAAGAAACUUUUCCACUACUUAAAAAGGUAACUGCAGAGUACCUUGACACUUGUUCAGCUGUCCCAAUGGGAUUUUCUCUGAGUAAAUCUGCUACUCAGGUAUCUGCUAUGCGUAUGGAUUCAAAAGUGGAUGAUCACUUAAUACGAGGGACUGAGGAAAGCAGGCUGGAACCAGUAACCCAGUUAUUUCAAAACACCAAGAAAAUAAGAUUAGAAGACAUGAACCAAGAAAACUUGACAAGAAAUGAAGAGAUUGGCACCGGGUCUCUUUCAAAGAAAGCUUUGGGUUCAGUGGUAUAUGUUAAAGAAAGUGAUGGAAUAGAAAUGACAGACAUAGAAUGA